AAAACUCUACUAAACACAAAUGAUAGUAUUUGGCACAGGUGCAAAGGGUGGCAGGCAGAAGAGAAUCAGACCUCACUUCUUCAGUAGAAGAACUGCUUGUUUUGCUGUUGUGUUUGUGUUGUCUUCAGAUCUUGCAGGAUCCUGACAUUAGGGCCUGACAGAACAUAACCGAAUUAGAAGAUGUCCGAGGAAGAAGAUUCUUUCUUGAAUGUCAAAAGAUCUUUGAAAAAGGCAGCAGUGAAACAUAGCACUCCGGUGGAUUCAAUGUUCUCCCAAAGUAUGUUAUCUCUGGUGGAUAUGACGAAUCAAUCUAUCAGAGAACAAAACAUAAGUAAGAGAAUCUAUGGGUCUCCAAUGCCAAAAUCAUCCUUCCAGAAACAAGCAUCAUCCCAAGAACAACUAAUGCACCUUGACAAGCUCAUUUCUCAAGUCACUUUUCCAAGAAAGCUUUCCACAGUAUUGGACCCAGAGGAUUCAAGUGAAGAAAUGAGCCUCAGCUCUUGGGCUGCAGUUCCUAGAAGAAGACUUUCAACAGUGUUGGCUUCAGAGGAAUCCAGUGAAGAGCCAAGCUUCAAGAAAAUGGUUCCCCCUAUAAUAAGUGCAGCAGUUGAAGUCCCUGCUGAACCAUCUAAGAAGGCAGCCAAAGUAACUUCUAAAAGUGUAUUAGCAUGGCUGGUUACUGAAAUUCCUGGGAUAAAAAAUCCCACAGAAAGAAAAAGAAGAAAAAGGAAAUUUGAAAAAAAAAAUUUGGAAGCAAAACAGCGAGAAUGGGAAUUACGUCAACUUAAAAAUAUCGAAGAGGCGACUAGACAUGAGCUGACAAUUGAAGAAGUUUGAUGUAGUGAAUUCCCAAAUGACUAUUGCUGCAUGCUGUACAACUGGAAAAAGUGGUUCCAUUAAACUAUAGAUUCGGCUA